CCAAUGGGAGGGCCCGUUACUGGUGUGCGGGGCGCCGCGGUGUCGGGGACGCGUCAGGCCCGGUAGCGCUCGGCUUCCCCGUGGCUGGAGCACCAUGAGUUCGAUCGGCACCGGGUAUGACCUGUCCGCCUCCACGUUCUCUCCUGAUGGACGAGUCUUUCAAGUAGAAUAUGCUAUGAAGGCUGUGGAAAACAGCAGUACAGCUAUUGGGAUCAGAUGCAAAGACGGUGUUGUCUUUGGAGUAGAAAAAUUAGUCCUUUCUAAACUUUAUGAAGAAGGUUCUAACAAACGCCUUUUCAAUGUUGAUCGGCAUGUUGGAAUGGCAGUGGCGGGCUUGUUGGCAGAUGCACGCUCCUUAGCAGACAUUGCAAGAGAAGAAGCAUCCAACUUUAGAUCUAACUUUGGCUACAACAUUCCACUGAAACAUCUUGCAGACAGAGUGGCCAUGUAUGUCCACGCCUACACACUCUACAGUGCUGUCAGACCUUUUGGCUGCAGUUUCAUGUUAGGGUCGUACAGUGCGACUGAUGGAGCACAGCUGUAUAUGAUUGACCCAUCGGGUGUUUCAUAUGGUUAUUGGGGCUGUGCCAUUGGCAAAGCCAGGCAAGCUGCAAAGACAGAAAUAGAGAAACUGCAGAUGAAAGAAAUGACCUGCCGUGAUGUUGUUAAGGAAGUUGCCAAAAUAAUUUACAUAGUACAUGACGAAGUUAAGGACAAAGCUUUCGAAUUAGAGCUCAGCUGGGUUGGUGAAUUAACUAAAGGAAGACAUGAAAUUGUUCCAAAAGAUAUAAGGGAAGAAGCAGAGAAAUAUGCUAAGGAAUCUUUGAAGGAAGAAGAUGAAUCUGAUGAUGACAAUAUGUAACAAUUACUUCAAGUAUUUAAAAUUUGUACUACAGUCCCAUGUAAUAUUUAGCCUGUGGAUUAUACAUAACCCACUGAUCGAUUUUCAUUAAAUUUUUGUCUUGUAA